GUUUCUCUGUGCAGGGCCCCAGGGAGCCUCUAGUGGCCAGGCCCGGGGAUGAGGUGCUGCUGCCCUGCUCUGUGGACAGCGCUGUCCCCCUGAAGGUCCAGAAGGUGGAGUGGAGGAGGAGAGAUUCAGACACCCUGGUGUUCCUGUUCUCCGAGGGGGAGAGCAGGCCGGAGUCCCAGCACCAGCGCUACCGGGGCCGAGCGGAGCUCUUCCCUCAGGAGAUUCCCAGAGGAAACUUCUCUCUGCGGCUGGCCAACGUCACAGCCGAGGAUACAGGAGUGUACAAGUGUGCCGUCCACACAGCGCAGGGCUCCGGUGAGACCACAGUGGAGCUGAAGGAACAGGAGCGACUGGCUGUGAGCGGAGCCAGCGAGCCUGUGGAUGCCUAUGCUGGAGGGGAGGUGGUGCUGAACUGCUCUGUGGACACGAAUGUCCCCCUGCAGGAGCUGGAGGUGGAAUGGAUGAGGACAGACUCUGAAGUCCUGGUGCUCCUGUUUUCCGAGGGGGAGAGCAGGCCGGAGUCCCAGCACCAGAGCUACCGGGGCCGAGCGGAGCUCUUCCCUCAGGAGAUUCCCAGAGGAAACUUCUCUCUGCGGCUGAAGGACGUCCGGACUGAAGACAAGGGAAAGUACACGUGCAGAGUCCACACAGACUCGCGUUCUGCAAUUACAACAGCAGAGCUGAAAGAGCUGAGGUUUUCCACAGCUCAUAUCUGGCUCCUGGCUCUACCUCUUUUUGCACUGACAGUCGUGCUCCUGACCAGUGUACCAACAUGCCAGUUCUUGCUCAAGAAACAGGAAAAGGACAGUGAAGUAUGGUGUCUCCAUCCACCAUACCCCAUGGAGAGCGCCUCCUACUGGCCCCACUAA